AUGCUACCGUACCUGUUUCCUGACCUAGCCGCUUUUGCCACAGUCGCUGACUCAUUACGCACCUCCGCACUAGUGACACACGCUACCGCGCUGCGCUUCCCCCCGAGUUUUGCGCCGCCACCCGCCCGCCCCCCCCCCCCCCCCCCGAUGUACAUCACCCUCUACUACCUCGUCACCCGCCGCUCCCUGACUCCCUUCCCUCAGUCAAGGACCACUUCCUCUCCCUUUUCCCCACCACCUCACACCGUUGACCUCCUUGAGGAGCGCCUCCUUGCAGCUGAGAGAGAGUAUAGUUGCUAUCGGUCGGCGCUGCGUCUGCUCCCAGUGGGAGGCGCCGCAGCGGCCGGGGGCAAGCGGGGCAAGGGUGCUGGAGGAGACAGCGAGGGCGGCGGUGGUGGCGGUGGAGGCGGCGGAGGGAGUGGGGUGGAGGUGGGGGUGUGGCGCGGGAUUGGGGCUUUGGUGGCGGCGGUGGAGGUGGAGGCGGCGGCGGCGCGGCUGGGCGGCAGUGGAGGUGGCGAGGCGGCAGCGGGGGUGGGGGUGGUGGCGGCGGUGGUGCUGGUCGGGGGUGGCGCUGGCAGCGGUGCGGCCUUGGUGUGGCCAGCGCCAGCAGCAGCAGCGUUCUCGUGA